AUGCUUCUUGACAUCAAGCAGAUCAACAUGAACUUCCAGGAGACGGAUCAGGAUGUGGUGAAGAACACCGAUGCCCUGAAGCUCGACCCCAGCAGCCGGUCCUGUAACCCUGGCAACCAGCAGAGAUGCUGCAGAUGUUCUGAUGCUGGAGGACCAGGCCCUCUGGGGGAGUCCUGUUAUCACAGACAAGGGGAUAGAGAUGUCCAGACCAGGGUCCAGCUGCAUGGGUUCAGAUGUUCAACAGAACAGGGACAACGGCUGCAGCAUGGAGGUCCAGGAGAUCCAGGAGGUACAGAGGAGGACCAUGGACUCCAACUAGAGAGGAUGGAUGCUGAGCAUCUCCUGACCCUGCGGAGGCCUCAAAGAGAAGAAGCAGCAAAAGAAAUGCUCAACGCCGGCUGCUCCACCUACAUGUACACCCAGAACCUCAUCUGGUCUGGAGAAACUUCCAGGACUCUGGAACGGAGGCGAAACCUCCUGCAGAUCCAGACCCAGACCAGAAACCCCCAUCAAAGGGAGGCAGUGGGCUCCCGUUUACACAACUACAACGGACACUCCAACAGCGAGUCGGGCAGCCCAGAGAAGGACGCAGAUCUCGCUCCAUACCCAAACAUCAGUAACUGUGACCAGGAGGACCGGGAGCAACAGGAGGACCAGGUUGUCUCUGGGCCGAAAGAAACUCGAAUCUCACACCUUCUAGACAAAGAUGACCCUUCUCUGCAGAGGGAAAAGCUCCAACCUGAGACUGAGACCUCCAAAAACAAGGACCAUGAGGCUCCAGGUCCAUGGACUUCUUCCAGACUCCAGACCAGGAAUCCUUCAGAAGAGCCUGGACCUCUGAGGAACCAUCAGGGGAAGAAAGAUUCCAUAUCUCUGGCUAUCAACGACAUUAAGGAGGCCAUAGAGGAGGUGAAGACCAGGACCGUCAGGUUUCCUUACACAGCUGAUGAACCGAAUGAACCGGUCUGGGUGAUGAGGCAGGACCUGGACCAGAACCCAGAAUGCGACCUGGAGCCUCCUCCUGAGACUCACUCUCCUUCAAACCCGCCCUCCCCUCCAGGAGCAGAGUCCUCCAGCAGACUUUUGCAGGAUGAAAGCAGUGAACUUUCUCCUUCCUCUAGAAAGUCCAGGAGAAGCCUGGCGACCUUCCCUACAUAUGUAGAAGUUCCAGGACCCUGUGAACCAGAGGAUUUGGUAGACGGGGUCAUCUUUGCAGCCAGCUAUCUGGGCUCUACUCAGCUGCUGUCAGAAAAGACUCCAUCCAAGACCACCCGAAUGAUGCAGGCACAGGAAGCAGUGGGCCGCAUCAAGGUUCUAGAGGGGGAGUCUCAGCCCACGACGGAGGUGGAUCUCUUCAUCUCCACCCUGAGAAUUAAAGUCCUCAACACGGACUCCCAGGAAACCAUGAUGGACCACCCUCUGCAAACCAUCUCCUACAUUGCUGACAUUGGGAACACAGUUGUUCUGAUGGCCCACCGAAGGCUGCCUCAACGGGACUCUCAGGAGAACCUGGAGGCUUCAGACACAAAUCAAGACAGCAAGCGCCAGUACAAGAUGAUCUGUCACGUGUUUGAGUCUGAGGAUGCCCAGAUGAUCGCCCAGUCCAUCGGACAGGCCUUCAGCGUGGCUUACCAGGAGUUCCUACGAGCCAAUGGCAUCAACCCGGAGGACCUGAGUCAGAAGGAAUACAGUGACCUAAUGACCAAUCAGGACAUGUACAACAAUGACCUCGUCCACUUCUCCAAAUCAGAGAACUGCAAAGACGUGUUGAUAGAGAAGGCGAAGGGGGAGAUUCUGGGUGUGGUCAUCGUGGAGAGUGGUUGGGGCUCCAUCCUUCCAACUGUCAUCAUCGCCAACAUGAUGCAUGCUGGGCCGGCGGAGAAGUCCGGGAGACUGAACAUAGGAGAUCAGAUCAUGUCGAUUAACGGAACCAGUUUGGUUGGACUGCCACUUACCACCUGUCAGAGCAUCAUAAAGGAUCUUAAGAACCAGUCUCGGAUCAAGAUGAACAUCGUGAGGUGUUCCCCGGUGACAACUGUGCUCAUCAAACGGCCAGACCUUCGCUACCAGCUGGGCUUCAGUGUGCAGAAUGGCAUUGUCUGCAGCCUGAUGCGCGGUGGCAUCGCGGAACGAGGGGGGAUCAGAGUGGGUCACCGGAUCAUCGAGAUCAGCAGCCAGAGCGUGGUGGCCAUGCCCCACGAGAAGAUCGUCCACAUCCUGUCCAACGCUGUGGGAGAGAUCCACAUGAAGACGAUGCCGGCUGCGAUGUACCGCCUGCUGACCGCUCAGGAUCAACCUGCUUACAUCUAACCAGAGAAGUCUGGAUUCUUCUGGAACCUCCUUCCAGAAUCGGGAUUGCUGUGGUUGUUUGCUUUGUUUUAUUGCUUCUCAUAUUGUGGAAAUAUAAAAACCUGUCUGGACGGAGGGACUUGUUUAGGCUUCGUGGAUUUGAAGCUUCUAGGAA